GAUGUUAUUCAGGGAUCCGGUUUUGGCAUUGUUUAUAGUGGGAGUUGAGGCAAUUAGCACUGAUGUUAUUCAACUAAAGUUAUUGCGCGGAUCGCGUUAGAACGUAAAACAUUUCACGUAUUUGAAGUAUCUAUUUGCUGGGUUACAAUUAUUCAAAUGGUGUUAUUUUAUUGAAGCAAGUUAUAACAUUGACAGUGAUCAUCAUUUAUGUUAAUAUAGGAAAAAUGUGUAACCUCCAUGUAAAGUUCGCCAGAUCACGAUAGUUCGUAAAAUAUAAUUACAGUAUUAUAGACAUGAUAAGGAGCAUUGAUUGGUGGUCCAAGAUUUUACGGGGUGAUAGGAUUCUUUAACCCCCCCCCCCACUCAAAUUUUAAGGGACUAAAAUAUUUGAACAUCAAUGACAUACAGUAUUUUAUGUCUAUUGAAAUAGUGUUCAGCGUUAAAUAGUGAAUUAUUUCUUUAAAAAUCCACUUUCAUGCGAAGGAAAUCAUUAUAAAUUUGGUCACAGCAGUAUUUUUUUGUGUUAAGGCGUAAAAUAUUAAGCGAAUGAAUUUUCUUUUGCAGCAAUUUUUUAAAGUUGUACCUUCAAUUUGUAAAGAUGCGUAAAUUAUCGCGUGGUUCUUCACCAUAACGUUAAACCAACGUUUACAUUUGGAAAUUAUAAAUUAACAUCAACAGAACAAUUUGUGUAAAAGACGUCAUUCAGUGUGUGACUUAUUGUUCAUUACAACAUGGUGCUGUGCAGUAAUUUUGUUCAGCUGCAGGACUAGGAAUGCAUGCACUCCCAGACUGGGAUUGGGGAGUUCUGGCUCAAGAUUAUACGUGAUUUUACAAGUGUUGUUCCCGUGUUCUUGCCGCCCUUGGCCUUCUGACGUAGCAGGUUUGGGAAGUCUGAAUGUGCUACAGAAGUGUAUUUUGUAAAUGAUACAAAGCGGUGCCAAACAUUUGAUAGUAGUAGAUGGUGUGAUUUUACCAGGCGAUGGGUUUGUACAGAUAGAGACCGUUUUGCCCUGGUUAGUGUUGGCUGCUUUAGUUGCAGGGGCUACAUUCAUCCAGGUAAGAUAAGUUGCUCCAUAGUUUUCCCUGACCAGUGCCAUAUAGAGAAGUUUUGUGGAGUCUUUGACUUGGUUGGCACAUGACUGUUUGUAAAGUAUGUUGCAGAAGUCUUUUUCUAAUCAAUAAUUUGCAACAGAAUGUUGGAGAAUUACAGCAUAUACCUGGGCAAUUUUUCUACAUUGUGGGAUGUAAGUGUAGUGUAAUUGCUUUGUUUUAAAGAAAUGCAGCAAGUACAGGUGACCGAUAAUUGGGGUAUUGUGAGAUUCACUGUCUAUGCAUGUAAGAGUUCAAAUAGCCUGGCUGAAUCCACUGCAUUGAUAAAAUACACUGGUAAGUGCUUCAUCCUUUUGCACCCAUGCUGCCAAGUUCUGCCACUGAGAAUGGGAUGCAGUGGAUGACCAUGAUGCCUUCUGUGCCUUGUACCCUUUGCUCUCCGCGGAGCGUUGCAGCACCACACUCCUGUCCAACUAUGGAUCUCAUCCACUCAAUCCACCAGAGCUGACCUUGCAUGUUGGGAAAGGCAUGUCCCCAUCUCACAGGGGUAGGAGGCACCUGGUUUAAACCACCUGUCGACGCGGUGUGCCAACAGCCACAGUUGAGAGCUGAGCGUCCGGUGGGGACCAAAGGACAAGCCAGAAAGUCUUGAGAAACAGUGGAGAUGCUUCAAGACAUUAUUGUUUAACCACUUCUUCAUCCAGUUGCCGAUGAUCUGCGGUACCUAUUAUUUCACUGAAUUCUUCAAAAUUCCAUAUAGUUGGGAGAAUAUGCCACGCUGGCAGAUGAUUGCAAUGCAGUGUCUGGGUUGUGCUGUUGUUGAGGAUACGUGGCACUACUUUCUACACAGACUGUUACAUCAUAAGAGAAUCUACAAAUAUAUUCACAAAGUUCAUCAUGAAUUUACGGCUCCAUUUGGUAUGCAAGCUGAAUAUGCCCACCCAGCAGAGACAGUUAUCCUUGGCAUGGGCUUUUUUAUUGGCAUCAUGAUCUUCUGCAAUCAUGUCAUCCUCCUGUGGGCUUGGGUGACCUUUCGCCUCCUAGAAACAAUAGACGUACACAGUGGUUAUGACGUUCCCUGGAAUCCUCUGCACCUUAUUCCAUUUUACGGUGGUUCCCGCUUCCACGACUUUCAUCAUAUGAAUUUUAUUGGAAACUACUCUUCAACUUUCACCUGGUGGGACAAGCUGUUUGGAACAGAUUUACAGUUUCAUGUUUUUAAUGACAAAGUGAAGAACGAGAACAAAGUAAUUAAGAAGGACUAGCAGAAAAUGUUGUGAACCAAGUGCAUAAUGUUUCAAAAUAUAUUGUUAUUGUGAGGAAAUCCAAAAAUUAAAACAAGAGUUGAAUAAUUUCACAAAAUGAUAUUCAUAAUAAAGUUAUAUGACUAUGAUUCUGCAUUGGAUUAAGUAAAUUUAAGACCUGCAGCAGUUCAAUUGACAGAUGAGUAAUGUUAACUUUACCCUCUAACAAGAUGCCAAGGUUUCUCAUGAUCAGUACUGAAUUUCAUACACAGAUUACACAAAGUGCUUCGAAUUGAAUAUAAAAAGUAAUCUUGCAGUUCUUUCUCUUUGUAAAAGAAAAUCAUUUGUGGGAUACUAAUUACUGAAACAUCAUUUUCAGAUUUCUGGCUUGUAGAAAAGAUAAUUGCAAGAGUAUGGUGUGUCCUAAGUGUACAGAUACUAAUUAGAGUGGUGUUGUGUUGGAAUAAUAGUUUGAAGUAAUGGAAAUGUUAUUCCAAGUAUUUUGAAUUCAAGAUUUCAUAUGACACUGUUUAUGAAAUGUGGGAUAAUGCAUAGUAAGAUACUUUGAAUUGAUAUUGGUCACUUUUGGCUUGAUACAUAAAAUUGCAGAUUUAUAAAUAUGUUGAGGCAAUAGUUAUAACUGCACACCAGAUAUGCCAUUUGAUUCAUGAUCCCAGGUUCCAGACAGCAGCAACAUCGUUCUUUAAUUGAGAAGUGAUACAUUUUGGUAGAAGGUUGUAGAGAGACAAUAUGGACUUAAUAGCCCAGUUCGAAAGAAAGUGCCAAAAAAAGCAUGCAGGUUCUUGAGCUUCAUAAAGAGCAAUUGAAUAUGAAUGCUUACAGUGCUCUAAUUUAGCUAUGUAAGAGUAAGAUUGUGAGAAAUUUGAAUAAGAUAGACAGAGAAAAGGUCAGAAGGAUCUUAGCUAAUGUCAGAAGAACUAAGGGUCAUCACGCGUUAAAGGUUUUGAGCAAAGGUAUAGAGAAAUUGUGAACUAGAUUUCUCCCCUGUAGAACUGGCUGCCUUGGAUAGUGGUGGUGGAAGCACAGACAGUGUCCUGUUUCAAAUGGUGGUUGGGACAGGCAAGGGAAAUAGACUGGGUGGAUUACAAGGGAAAUCAGCGAAUAGAUUUAAUUUUGUUGCACAAGCUGGUGUGAACAUAAUGAGCUAAUAUCUUCUGUGUCAUUAAUAUGCUGUUGCUCUAAUGUUACUUCACAAUAUAUAUGGAAUCCUGUUUAUGAAGUAUUUUUAAACAAGUUUAUCUGGUAUACUAAUCACUGUUUGAUUACUGUGUGUACAUUACCUUUAUAAAAAUAUUGCAGUACAUAUUCAAAUUACAUUCACAUCAAAUGCAUUCAUUUUCAGAUUGUAAUUUUCAAGCUAUUGGAAGAUAAUUAAGGAUGUGAUUUCUCAAGCAGUAUUGAGGUUAUGGUGGGAUGUUAUAUAGCACUGAUGUUUACCCCCCUCUGCAUUUACAAGAGGCUGGUAACUGAAUUACCAGUCAGUUGUGCUAGGGAUUUGUAUCAAUUACAAAUAAAGCAUAAUUCUUUAUUCUGUGA